CGCCUCCGCAGCCCUCUGCUCACUCUCGCUCGAUCUCCCGGAGCCCACCAUGACCACCGUCCAGGAUCUGGUAGGAAGAUGGCGUUUGACGGAGAGCAAAGGCUUCGAUGAGUACAUGAAGAAGCUGGGAGUGGGACUCGCCCUUCGAAAAAUGGGAGCCAUGGCCAAACCAGAUUGUAUCAUCAGCGUAGAUGGCAAUAAACUCUCUAUAAAAACCGAGAGCACUUUGAAAACCACCGAGUUUUCAUGUGAUCUGGGAGAGAAGUUUGAGGAAACUACAGCUGAUGGCAGAAAAACUCAGACUGUCUGCAGCUUUAAGGAUGGCGUAUUGACUCAACACCAGGAAUGGGAUAAUAAGGAAAGCACAAUAAAUAGGCAACUGGAAAAUGGAAAGUUAGUGGUGGAAUGCGUCAUGAAUAAUGUGACCUGCACUCGGGUCUACGAAAAAGUUGAAUAGAAAUUCCAUCAUUUUGGAAGGGAAUUAGUUUCAAGGACCAGGACCAACAAAGCUCAGUUCAAUGAGCAAAUCUCCAUACUUUUUUUUUAUUUCUCUAUCUGAUCUUUAUCACAAAUAUUUUACAUGCAGCUAUUCUAAAAUGUUGGUUUAAUCGGGAUCAUCCCUUUGAUUAACAAAUAAAUGUGUUUGUGUUAUAAAAAAA